AUGUCUUCAACCAAAGCAUGCAACGUAAAAAUCUUCUAUUUCGUCGACCUCAGAUCCUCCAAUUCUCCUCCAGACAGAACUCUUACUGAGAUGGCCAAUCAAAGCUUCCCCGUCUCAUAUUCGACUCAGGAUACAACCCCAAAAACUACGGUUCCAAUAAUCAACGCCUUCGCCACUGAAGAUUUAUUGCUGAUUAUUAAACCACCUACUGUUGGGGCAUCACCACAGCAAGCAGUGGCUCCAGUUCCUGUUAGAUGCCAUCUCGAUGCACUAAAAGAUAGUUGCAUGUGGGCGGAAGAUUUGCUUCGCCUUUCGUUUACUGUUUGUUUGUUCUCCCAUUCUUUCCCUGCUUCGAGUGCGGCAGAGGGUGGAAUUUUAUCCCAUCUUAUUCCAGAACAAAGAGGUUCGGGAGAAGGAGCUAAGGCGACAAGUUUCACCUUAAAUCUAUCCAAGGGUACAUGA